AUGGAUCCCCAGACACGCUCUGACGAUGGCUUCCGCCAUCAUCUGCCCGACCUGGGCACGCCACGAUUCACAACAAUGCAGAAGCAAGACGCCCGUGAGUACGUCAAGGCUUUUCUUGAAGGCGGAAGACCGCCGUGGAUUCACAGCUUGUGCCUCCGGUGGAAGGAAUUGCUGGAGGAACCCUUCAAGGGCAUUACCAACGACGGUGUGGUACGGCCGGGUCUCUUUCACCUGCAGGACGAGCACGUACCGAUGGAUAGCAUCGUUUCGGCUGCUGAUGCAGUCCUUGACGCUGCAGCUCAGCAUAGUCCGCCCCUGACAGACAAGCUGAAGUAUCACAUCGACUCUCACGAGUGGCGGACCUGGUCGAACCCCGAAUUUCUCCUGAGCGACAAGGGUGCUCGUCUGGACGAUGUGUCGCAGACCUUGAGGAGUAGGAUUCUUGCUCUACUACAAUCGACGCUCUCCGCUGAAGGUUAUCAUAAGGCUAUGGCUGCUAUGCGCAUCAAUCACUUCCUCGGCGAGCUCGUCAAGUCGCCUGCCGUUCUUAACCAAGACUCCUACAAUUUUGCCUUCUUCGGGAAACCGUCGACGACGGGCCCUUGGGGUUUUACUUUCUACGGUCACCAUCUAUGCCUAAAAAUCUUCCUCUAUCGGUCCCAGAUGCACAUCUCGCCCUGGUUCACUGGAGCAGAGCCAAAUAUCAUUGACCAGGGACCUCACAAGGGCACGCGGAUCCUACACGAGGAAGAGCGACUUGGCCUCCAGCUGAUGCAAAGUCUAUCGCCAGAUGCGCAGGGCAAAGCACAAAUCUACACUCAGCUCCAGGAUCCGGCCAUGCCCAAGGGUCGCUGGAAUCAUGAUGACCAGCGACACCUUUGCGGAGCAUACCGCGACAACCGCAUCGUCCCGUACGAAGGUAUUGUAGUCGCCGACAUGGACGCAGCACAACAGAAUCUGGUGUUCGGUAUUCUCGAGCAGUAUCUCCUAUACCUUCCCCAGAGGUCGCGCGAGGUCCGUCUGAAAACAGUCAAGGAAUGGCUGCAUGAGACGUAUUUCUGCUGGAUCGGCGGAUUCGCGGAAGAGGAUCCCUUUUACUACCGGAUCCAGAGCCCGGUCAUCAUCGUCGAGUUCGACCACCACUCGGGCGUUUUUCUGAGCAACAGCGAGCCGAGGAAGUUCCACAUCCACACGCUAUUGAGGACUCCUAACGGUGGGGAUUAUGGCAUGGCUCUUAGACCACUUUUGCCGGGUGAUGUGGAACAGGAAUUUGUCUGGGAAGGGCAAAGAGACUAA